AUGAACACGGCAGAAGGAGGGGCGUCCGUGUCGGCGCAUCCUGCCGCAACAGCCAGCCAAGCCUUCGGGGAGACCUCCGGGGUGUCGGGCUCCAACUUUGGCCCGGAGCCCUCCGUAUCCCAGCACGUGGGAUCCACUGCUGAUCCGUGCAUGGCCCCAGGCUGCAGCAGCAACAGCGUCGAUGAGGGCAGCACGCUGGGUACCAGCCAGGGGGCGCCAGAGCUGGCCCGCGUCUCCUCGAGCGAAGCGAUGAUGCUGGGUGCCCCCAUCGAGGCUUCCGAGGUUGCAGAUGGCACGGCCCCCGGCGGCCCGCUCUUCCCGGACCGGCCAUCAGACGCCGACAUCAUCGCCUGGGAGAAUACCAUCCGCGAGGCCGGACCCGGGAAGCAGGCGCUGGUGGGCCAGCCCGAGCCCCUGUCCUCGCUGGCGGCAGAGUAUGUUGCCGGCUCGCCCGUCUUCCUGUCCAAGAUCCAAACCCUGGAGGGGGCCUACGGCCUCAUCCGACGGACGCGCGGGGACGGGAACUGCUUCUUUCGCUCCUUUGUGUUUGCCUUCAUCGAGCGGAUGCUGCUGAUGGGGGAUGACGCCGAGAAGGAUAGGGUUCUGGCUCGGCUGGCAGAAGUCAAGAAGCAGCUGACCGAGGCUGGCUAUGAGGAGAUGGUGAUGGAGACUCCCAUGGAUGCCAUGCUUGACAUGGUCAGAAACAUCGGGAGCCCUGUGGAGCCCCUGUCCAUUGAUAUUCUGGAACAGAAUAUGUGCUCUGGCAAGUCGCGCAAGGAGAAGAGGGACGGGUGUCUUGCUGCGCCCAGCAUGUUGACUCUGACCAUGUGCAACCCUGGAUCCCAGUGGAACAAUGAGUACAUCAGCAACUACGUCGUGUUCCUCAUGCGGAUGAUCACCAGCUGCGAGAUCCGGAGGCGAUCAGACUUCUUCGAGCCCUUCAUAAUGGGCAUGAGUGACCUCGGCGUCGGCCCCUUCUGCCAGCGCUUUGUGGACCCCAUGGACGAGGAGAGCGACCAUGUGCCACUGCGCGUGGUGUACCUGGACCGCAGCGCCUCGCCCGGCGGGCACGGCGGGCCCGGUGCCGGGGACGAAGCCCACGUCGACAUGCACGAUUUUGUGCCAGAGAGCCUGGCAGGUGCAGCGCCCGUGGAUCCCAGCGUCCACCUACUGUACCGCCCGGGGCACUACGACAUCCUCUACCCCCGCGCUGGCUAG